AUUUAAUUAACGGCUACAAGAGUAUUUACCAGUGCCCCACAUAUGCAGUGUGGAGUGAUUGCAUUUUGAUUGGCUGUAGUGGUGGUCUGUUAAUCUCGAAUCAUUUAAUAGACCUAAAAUUGCUUUCCACAGCAAGAGCUAGUGAAUAUGUCGGUUUUAUUCUUUUGUUUUGUUUCUUUUUAAUGGAAGAACUUUAAUUUCUCUCAAAUUGGUAAAAUAAUACAAUCUGUUGGAAAAGCAGUGGGGUACAUGAAGUAAUUUGCUUUUUUUUUAUUUUUUAUAAUCACAGACAAUAAAAGAAAAUCUUAGAAGAAUUCCCUCUCCACUAUUCCCACAUCAGCUACUUUUAUUUUUCAUGUUUUAGAAGUCAGCUACUGUUGUUUUUCCCCAGCGCUCUAUAAAGUUUGAGUUGUGUUGUCUCUGGAAUAUGCUAUAAGAUGUUUAUGGUCUAAGCAGUUUCUUAAGCAUGGACGUUUGGGAGCAAUAAAAAUAAGAAGAAAGGAAAAGCCAGAAAAAUAGAAAAGAAAGGAACCAUGAAGAAACAGGCCAACAAAACUGCCUCCUCAGGCAGUUCGGACAAAGACAGUUCAGCUGAGAGCUCGGCCCCUGAGGAAGGUGAAGUGUCAGAUUCUGACAGCAACAGCUCCUCCUCCAGCUCAGAUUCAGACUCUUCCUCAGAAGAUGAGGAGUUCCAUGAUGGCUAUGGAGAGGACCUCAUGGGAGAUGAGGAAGACAGGGCCCGUCUGGAACAGAUGACAGAGAAGGAGAGAGAGCAGGAACUGUUCAACCGCAUAGAGAAGAGGGAGGUGUUGAAGAGAAGAUUUGAAAUCAAGAAAAAACUAAAGACAGCCAAAAAGAAAGAAAAGAAAGAAAAAAAGAAAAAGCAGGAAGAAGAACAGGAAAAGAAAAAGCUAACCCAGAUUCAGGAAUCUCAGGUAACAUCCCACAACAAGGAGCGGCGUUCCAAACGGGAUGAGAAACUAGAUAAGAAAUCUCAAGCCAUGGAGGAGCUGAAAGCAGAACGAGAAAAACGGAAGAACAGAACAGCUGAGCUCCUCGCCAAAAAACAGCCAUUAAAAACCAGUGAGGUGUACUCUGAUGAUGAAGAAGAGGAAGAGGAUGACAAGUCCAGUGAAAAGUCAGACCGCUCAUCCCGAACAUCAUCAUCUGAUGAAGAAGAAGAGAAAGAAGAAAUCCCUCCAAAAUCACAGCCAGUCUCCUUACCUGAAGAAUUAAAUCGGGUUCGGUUAUCACGGCAUAAGCUGGAACGUUGGUGUCACAUGCCCUUCUUUGCAAAAACCGUCACAGGAUGUUUUGUACGAAUUGGCAUUGGAAACCAUAACAGCAAACCAGUUUACCGGGUAGCUGAGAUCACGGGUGUUGUGGAAACUGCCAAAGUUUACCAGCUGGGUGGCACCAGGACGAACAAAGGGCUACAGCUACGGCACGGCAGUGACCAACGAGUGUUCCGCCUAGAGUUUGUCUCAAACCAAGAAUUUACUGAAAGCGAAUUCAUGAAGUGGAAAGAAGCGAUGUUCUCUGCUGGCAUGCAGUUGCCCACUCUAGAUGAAAUCAAUAAGAAGGAAUUUUCUAUUAAAGAAGCUCUUAAUUAUAAAUUCAAUGAUCAGGACAUUGAAGAGAUCGUAAAAGAGAAAGAAAGAUUCAGAAAAGCUCCACCCAACUAUGCUAUGAAGAAGACUCAGCUGCUAAAGGAAAAGGCCAUGGCUGAGGACCUGGGCGAUCAGGACAAGGCCAGACAAAUCCAGGACCAGCUGAAUGAGCUGGAGGAGCGGGCGGAGGCUCUGGACCGCCAGCGGACCAAGAACAUAUCUGCCAUCAGUUACAUCAACCAACGGAACCGGGAGUGGAACAUCGUGGAGUCUGAGAAGGCCCUUGUGGCUGAAAGUCACAACAUGAAAAACCAGCAGAUGGAUCCCUUCACCAGGCGGCAGUGUAAACCUACCAUCGUUUCCAACUCCAGAGACCCAGCUGUUCAAGCUGCCAUCUUGGCCCAGCUGAAUGCAAAGUACGGCUCUGGAGUGUUACCAGAUGCCCCCAAGGAAAUGAGCAAGGGUCAGGGAAAGGAUAAAGAUUUGAAUUCUAAGUCAGCCAGCGACCUCUCAGAAGACCUGUUCAAAGUCCAUGAUUUUGAUGUGAAGAUUGAUUUACAAGUUCCCAGCUCAGAGUCAAAGGCUUUGGCCAUCACCUCCAAGGCUCCGCCAGCCAAGGAUGGGGCUCCCAGGAGAUCUCUGAACUUGGAAGACUACAAGAAACGACGGGGGCUCAUUUGAGCACACCUGGCCCCUGGCCUGCUGCUUCUGGCCCUGCAUGCCCAGCACCGCGGCCCUCCCACCCUUCCUCCUGCCCUGAGUCGCCCUCUUUGGGCUGAAGCAGCAGUAGAACUGGGAAGAGACUCUAAACUGCCAGUCGUCUGUAAUAUAAACCUUUGCUGUAUAGAUCUCCCUGUCUGCACCAUCUCCCACCAACCCCCUGGGCCCACCCGGUGUGGAUCGGGGCUCCUGGGCUCUCUCGGGCUUUAUCCAUGUCUUUAGAUUUGUGUUUGCUUUUUUUUUUUUUUAAACCAGCACAGUCCAUUGGCCACUCUGCACGUGUUCAGUAUUACCAUGGAGCUGGGUUUCUUGCUGGAGCCCUCGGCAACGGCGGCAGCAGCCCUGGGCAGUCUCCUUCCUGGACUGCCUGGGACCCAAGCAUUGAGCAUUGGCGCCUGACCCUGGUGGGGGGAGCGGGACUGGGCACCUGCACUCCUCCUUCCUCUCUCCUCUUCAUCUUUCUCCUCUUCCCACCUCUGGGGGAGGGGUUUUGAAAACCAAUUUAGUUUCCAAAAGUGUACAUUUGGGGGGGAGGGGGUCUGCUUGAGAGAGAGAGUGUGUGUGUAUGUACGUGUGUGGAUUUUUUAUCAUUUUUAAAAAAUGCAGUACUCUUUGUAUCAGUCUGUCUUGGGUCUAUAGCUGUUUCAGAUUUUUUUCAGCUGUACUUGAGCAUCUGAAACUGCAAGAAAGAAACUCAUUAAAUGUGAUUCUUCUUAAUAACCAGGCCUGACUGCUGUAGCUGUGUGACUUCCCCUCCCCGUCCUCAUCAGCUCCCCCACUUGGGAGAAGACUCCCCAGCUUAGCCCCCUGCCUGGAGGCUGUGGCCCGGCAGGCAGGCAGGCAGGCAGGCAGGUGGGAGGGAAGCGCGAGGCUGGUACCAGGGAGGGCAGUGAAGGUGUCUUGCUCGUCCCACGGGCACAGCCAGCGGCUUCGUGGCCGAACAUAGAGUGCGUCUUUUUCCUUCCCAGUGUACCUGUCUCUCCCUAGGGAUUCUGUUCUGCUACGUGAACAAGAAUAAUACUUUGUUUUGUUUUUAAGAGAAAGUGUUCAACAUGAAUGUGGAGAGUAUGAACACAAAGAUUCAGGCUGCAGAUGUUACAGGCGUGUGCAGUUCAUGUGUGUAAACACCUGUCUGUGGUGAGCAUAUAUAUUGUUGUGCAGUUAGGGUGAAGCCGGCAAAAAAGGUGUGUAUGUCUUUAUGAAAUGUUUGAAAAGAGAUAAGCUGACUGCUUGAUAAUCAUUCUCAGGUGUAAAGCUCCAAAUGUAAAUAAAAGUGGCAUUUAACAAAUCUUUUCAGAACAAAAUACAGCUGACUAUAUAUACCAAGAACUAAGCUAAAGAAACAGCUGAGAGCUGCUGAUUCCCACAAAAGGGAGAGAAAUCUAGAAGCUCGGCUUUGUACUUUUUCACCCUACUUUUGUGUAAGGAAGGGGGAUGAUGGGGAAUCACGGAGUUAAGUUGUAUUUGAACUUGGUAACUCUUCCGGGUUUAGUAGAACCUCAGUGUUGCUUUAACUUAGUUUACUUUUUUUUAUUUAAAAGCAGUGAUGGAUGGUUUUAAAGAAAUAUUGUGACUGUAAAAUUGAUAAUGAUAACUGUAACACAGCUGUGUGGUAGCUGUGACACAGUUCGGUUGAGCAAAGGAGCGGUGAUGGACUUAUUAAAAUCAUAUGUACUUGAAAAGUCCAUUGACCAAAAUGAUUGUGUAAAUGUGGAAUGACAGACUGUUAGACAUUGCCUGGACUCCAGCAGAGUUCUGGCAGCUGCUGGGACCUCUCCUAUCAUGAUGAACUUGGACUUUUUUUUUUUUUCUUUCUGGUUUUAAAAGACAUAAAAUUAUAGAAUCCAUAUUAAUUUGCUGGAGUCGUUCUGAUCCAUCGUGUAGAUCUGUAUUUAGUAUCAUUUGGAUUUGGAGACAUGUCAAUUACAUUAUGGCUGUGUAAUAAAAUUUUUAUUAAAACUGCAUCACACUGUAGCCACUUUGCCACUACCUCUCCACACGCAGCUGCUGAAACCUUCAUUCUGAAACGCCAGAGCACACAGCAGGGAGGAAAGCCAACCAAAGACCACGAAAGUUCACUUACCGAGUAGCCUGCCUGGUGAUCGGGAUCAAGACGGAGGACUUGUCUCCAGGCUCAGCUGAGGCAGGGCCUCUGAACCAAGAUCUUGACCAGGUAUAGACAAUGGCUUUGUCCCACCCACUGGGCUUCCGGCUUGUUCCCAGUGUUUCUCGUGCUGGGAAAUUACUGCAGCAGCCCCUCCCUCCUCCCCAUGAGUUUCAGUGUUGAAGGCUGCAGCCCCGAAAGCUGUUUUAUACAUUUUUCAGUUCCUUCCAAGAAGUGAAAAGGCCAGUGUCCACGUGCCUAGUUCAUGAUGUGUCGGUCUGCUCAUCUGUGUUGCUUCUGACAGGUGCAGGGAAAGUCGGCUGCCUGCAACUUCUCUUCCAAAAGAAUGCUUCUGUUUUGUUUCUGUGAAGUCCUGACUUGUCACUCCAACUGUACAGAUUUAUGUAAAUAAACUUUAUGCCCUGUUUUAACAAGGGGAUCAGAUUUAGUCCAAGGAUUGCAUCCUGAGUGGCAGUUCUCAAAGCCAUGUUUUGGAAGUCCAUGAAAACCUCUCUUUUGCUCCUUUCCCGCCUUCCCCCUCUCUCAGAACUAUACCCCCAAAAGUGAAAGUGGCAGUUUUCAACCCUUUAGUAGCCAGGUUCCCCAAAAGCCUCUCUAGUAAGGUAGUUGUCUCAAGCCAGGGCAACCUCCAGCUGGCUUGGUUUACUUCCUAUCUUGAUAAACUAGCUUUGACAGAGGUAAGUAAGCCCCUAGCACACUGCCUAACCUCAGAAUCUAGUCCUUCGAGCUGGCUUAGGCACAUUUCCUUUGCUGUCUUGUUUCGUGCCUGUCGCCGGUGUGAAGGGGGAACCCAGAGGCUAAGUGUAGCUAUGGAGGAAGUAUUGAUAUGCAAGCUGGGGAGAUCUGUAAGGGCUCCCCCACCCCAGUCUCUGAGGUCGUGUCUCAUACCUCACUGUGACCAUAUUU